AUGGUUCAUAGGCAAGAUGAGAUGAGUUGCAUGACAACAGAUUUGGCACAGGCGGAUGAUAGGGCACUUGCACAGGAGGAUCAGGUGGCACUGAAUCCAGAGGAACUGGAGGAGGAUCCGGUGGAACUGAAUCCAGAGGAACUGGAGGAGGAUCUGGAGGCACUGAAUCCAGAGGAACUGGAGGACCUGGUGGCACUGAAUCCAGAGGAACUGGAGGACCUGGUGGCACUGAAUCCAGAGGAACUGGAGGAGGAUCCGGUGGAACUGAAUCCAGAGGAACUGGAGGAGGAUCUGGAGGCACUGAAUCCAGAGGAACUGGAGGACCUGGUGGCACUGAAUCCAGAGGAACUGGAGGAGGAUCCGGUGGAACUGAAUCCAGAGGAACUGGAGGAGGAUCUGGAGGCACUGAAUCCAGAGGAACUGGAGGACCUGGUGGCACUGAAUCCAGAGGAACUGGAGGAGGAUCCGGUGGAAGUGGUGGAUGGUGAAUGGCAUGGUGAUGUUCCUGCAUGA